AUGACCGACUGCAAGCCAUGCUCUACACCAAUGGAGCAAAACUUGAAGCUCACCCGAGAAAGUGGAGACCUUCUGGAGGAUCAGUCCUUUUACCGGAGUGUGGUGGGAAGUUUAAUAUACCUCACACAUACCAGACCCGACAUAUCCUACGCAGUGCAUGUCAUAAGUCAGUUUGUUGGAGUUGCUCGGACCUUACACAUGGAUGCUGUCAACCGUCUUCUACGCUACCUAAAGGGUACAAGAGAGGUUGGUCUAUUCUUCCCAGUUGGUGGUGAAUCUAUAAUUGAAGCUUUUGCAUAUUCAGAUUAUGCCGGGUGCCCAAACACAAGAAGAUCUACGUUCGGAUGGGGCAUUCGAUUUGGAUAG